AUGUCAGCGGUACCAACAAUGGACGACUACAGAACCGAACUGAAGAACCGCGAAAACCACGUCCGCGAAUCCUGGGUCAAAGCGAUGGAGGCGAGAUUAGUACGGGAAGAGCUGCAAAAGUGUUAUCGGGGAGAAGGGGUGAAUCACUUGCAGAAUUGCAAGGAGUUGGCGGAGAUGUACACGAGGAUGAUUAGGGAGAACAAGAUUAAGGGGUACACUGUUAUUGAGACUGAAUAG